AUCUGUCAGUCAAACGAGUCCGCGUUUCGUAGCGGAGGGUUUCUUGCCGCUUUCGCGUAUUUAAUAAAAUAAUUUCUAAAUGUGCUGAUAAAUUGACAAAAUACUAACUUGGUGUGAAUUAAUUUGUUUUCAACAUGUUGGUUCUGUUCGAAACCCCGGCGGGCUACGCUAUUUUUAAGUUGUUGGACGAGUCCAAGUUGUCAGAAAUCAAUGAUUUGUACCAGGAAUUCAACACUCCUGAGGGAGCAUCAGCAGUUGUCAAACUGAAGAACUUCAUCAAGUUCGAAGACACAACAGAAGCUCUAGCUGCCACUACAGCUGCUAUUGAGGGCAAAAUUUCGAAGCCGUUAAAGAAAGCCUUAAAGAAAUAUGUCUCUAAGGAUAUCCAAGAUCAAUUACUUGUCGGAGAUGCAAAACUAGGCAGUGCCAUUAAGGAGAAGUUUGAUUUACAAUGUGUUGCCAACUCAAACGUCCAAGAAUUACUAAGAUGCAUUCGCUCACAGAUGGACAGCCUGCUUGCCGGGCUGCCGAAGAAAGAAAUGACAGCUAUGGCGCUCGGUUUAGCUCAUUCCUUAUCCCGAUACAAGCUUAAGUUCUCCCCUGACAAGAUUGACACCAUGAUCGUGCAAGCUCAGUGCCUCCUCGAUGACUUGGACAAGGAGCUAAAUAACUACAUCAUGAGAUGCCGUGAAUGGUACGGCUGGCACUUCCCCGAGCUUGGCAAAAUCAUCACUGACAACACACUCUUUGUCAAAAUUGUCAAACUCAUCGGCACCCGUGAUAAUGCUUCUAAAACUGAUCUGUCAGAUAUCUUACCUGAGGAUUUGGAAGAGAAGGUAAAGGAGGCUGCCGAGAUAUCCAUGGGCACAGAAAUUUCGGAUGAUGACAUUUUAAAUAUCCAGAAUCUCUGUGAUGAGAUCAUUUCUAUCACUGAUUACAGAACACACCUGACUGACUACUUGAAAGCCCGUAUGAUGGCCAUGGCACCAAACUUAACAGUUUUAAUCGGAGAGCAUAUCGGAGCGCGCCUUAUCGCUCAUGCAGGCUCAUUAAUGAACCUAGCCAAGCAACCAGCUUCGACAGUACAGAUCUUCGGUGCCGAAAAGGCCUUAUUCAGAGCUUUAAAGACUAAAAAAGACACUCCGAAAUACGGUUUAAUUUACCACGCUCAGCUAGUUGGUCAAUGUAGUACUAAGAACAAAGGAAAAAUGUCUCGUAUGCUGGCAGCGAAGGCAGCUUUAGCGACCAGAAUGGAUGCGUUUGGAGAAGAUGUGUCGUUUGAGUUAGGAGCGGGGCAUAAGGUGAAGUUGGAGAAUAAGCUGCGUUUGUUAGAAGAGGGCAACUUGAGAAGAAUCAGCGGAACAGGCAAAGCUAAGGCCAAGUUUGAGAAAUAUCACAGCAAAUCUGAGGUGUUCCAAUACCCGGUGGCCGCGGACAGCACACUGGAAAGAAAGAAGCCAUUGAAGAGGGAACACUCUCCGGAACCCGAGACCUCCACUAAGAUGAUCAAGUUAGAGGAUGGGGCCAAUGACGUCUCACCAAAGAAGACCAAAAAAGAGAAAAUCAAAGAAGAGCCCACCGAAGAACCAGCCGAGCCCACCUCUGAGAAGAAAAAGAAGAAGAAAAAGAAAUCCCUAGAUGCUUCUCAGGCCGACACAACCGUUGAAAAUGAUGAAGUGGACGGACCUACGCCUAAGAGUGAGAAGAAGAAGAAAAAGAAGAAGAGUAUUGUGGAGGAAUAGGUAGCUCUGUAGAGUAUAUAAUGAAAUAAGGCAUUUUUUUGCUACCUAUGUGAUUAACACUUUUACUGUCCGUGCAUUACAUGUAAUGCACCAUCCAAGUAACUGUCACGUCUAUGUGACGUCAGAAACCCAUGUCAUUGUUGAAAGCGAGGGACGGUAAAAAUCAAGUAAAUAAAAUUCAUUUAUUUCGGACAACACGGAAUCCAUACAGUGAAAGUGUUAAUUUUCUGCCAUAGGAAGAAGUAUGUGUAGUUUAUUUAGUGACUGGAACAAGUCAGCGAUAUGAUUUCAUCAUUUGUGACGUUUUCAACCAAAAGGUACCACAUUGUCGGUUGUCGAUAAGGAUUCCUAAUUGAAGCUAUAUGGAAAUAGCACCUUACUGACAAGCGACAAUCAGUACCCUUUUGGUUGAAAAUAACACAUUUUUUUACUUGUCAGACGUUUCAGCUGGGUUGCACCAGUUGUUGUCACGCAUGAGUGACGUCCCAAUCCCGUCACUACAUAAAACAAAGUCGCUUUCCGCUGUCUGUCCGUCCGUCUGUCCCUAUGUAUGCAUAGUUCUUUAAAACUACGUAAUGGAUUUUGAUGCGUUUUUUUUAAUAGAUAGAGUGAUUCAAGAGGAAGGUUUAUAUGUAUAAUUUGUAAAGGUUUUGUGUAAAUUAGUUGAACUACCCUAUCACUAGUAUGUGUAUAAAACGUGGGAGUUUAAAGUGUUUUAUAUGUAACUUGUGACCCGCCCCGGCUUCGCACGGGUGCAAUACUGAUGUAUUAUACAUAUAAACCUUCCUCUUCAAUCACUCUAUCUAAUAAAAAUCGCAUCAAAAUCCGUUGCGUAGUUUUAAAGAUCUAAGCAUACAUAGGGACAGACAGAAGGAAGCGUCUUUGUUUUAUACUAUGUAGUGAUUCUUAACAUUAUGACUAAUUGUGUAUUGAAAAGGUAAUCGCACUUAAACUAUCGUGAGACAUAUUUCAAUAGUAUUUUAUACAAUCGUGAUAUAAUAGAGAGCUUUUCAGUCGAGUACCGUGUUUAAGCAACGAAGCUUGCUGAGUUGCUUAAGGUAAGGUACGAGAUUGAAAAGCUUGAUUAUAUCACUAUUGUAUACAAUACUUUUUCUACGAGACAAAAAAAUAACACUUUCAACUAGUGGAAUCAUAUAGGUAAACAAACCAAAAGUAUACAGGAUACUUGAGCUGCCGCAGCCCGCGAUACCUUCAUACUCGCGCGCGCCCCGGCCGCGGCCGCCGCGGGCCCGGCGCGGGUUGCUCAACGACACCGAGGAGUAACGAGUGAGGCCCCAGUACCUGCUCAAGCUAAAUUCUAUUUUAAGGCAGUUUUUUUCUCGAUUUUGGCCACCGUAGCCUAUGGAGACUAACAAGCAACGCUAAGAGGUUUUCGUAGGGUAUGGAUAUUGCUAUAUGAAGAGUGUCACAUGCGCAUUUCUGACUUAUGAAGCAAUUGUUUCUACUACAACAUAAAAUAAAAUGUUUUUGUUGGCUAACCAAUCACAAAGCAGAUGCGACGCAGCAGCGUGUUUAAGUAGGCUAAUUUGCAUUGAAUCGAGUCUCUUUAAACAAGAAAUAUUUUAUCGAAAUGUAUGACAUUCUAUUUUCAAAAUUUUUAUAAUUGACUAAACCGUAUCGAUAAAAUUCUUAUGCUUGAGUCGGAAGUGCCAUAGACUAUCCAACGUUGAAAAGAGUAAGGUUGUAGUGUAGCAUAUCAAGUUGUAAUGCACAGAUUAUACUCGACGAGUAGAAAAAAUAUUUAUCAGUACGGUUUUUACUCACUAUUAUUUUUAGUCGCUUUUGGCGACAUGUUUCGGAUUCUUUGGGAAUCCUUCCUCACCCCAUCAGUGCGUGCGCAACGAGCGACAAGGCGGGCGGCGCGGGCAGUGCACGACGUACAACCGCCGCGGACACGAGCGCCUGAGGAAGGAUUCCCAAAGAAUCCGAAACAUGUCGCCAAAAGCGACUAAAAAUAAUAGUGAGUAAGAACCGUACUGAUAAAUAUUUUGAUUGAAAAGGUAGUUGAAAAUUUGUAUGGAUCGCGCCUAAGCAACAAUUCAAAACGCAUUUUUAUUAUGGGUUCAUACUUCAUACUGCCCCGGUGUGGCAAAUUGUAUUAUCACACUAAAUAGACUCAAGUUAGCUCAAGUUUCCUAUAGGUUUUCUGAGAGUUUUAUGUAAACAAAUCUUGGCAAUUACUUUUAUGUAACUAGAAAGGACUUAAGGCCUGUGCACACCGGAUGCGUGUGCGUAAACGUGCCUUUAGACUAAAAGGUGCCCUAAUAUGUGCCAUUUUCAACCAAAAGGGUACUUAUUGUUGUCAGUAAGGCGCUAUUUCCAUAUAGCUUCAAUUAGAAAUCAACCUAAGCGACAAUGUGGUACCUUUUGGUUGAAAACGUCAGAUAUAUGUAGGAAAACUCUUUUUCUGUAAUGACCCGUAUAUGCCAUAGAUAGAGUUAUGUUAGCUGUCAUUUUUUUUUAUAUGUAAGUGCAAAUUACAUUGUUAAGUUGGAAAUGUCUCACAGAAGUGAGUUUAUAGAAAUA